UCAUUCACAAUGGCACCCCAUAUUUUGCUGAAAUCCAUCUUGCUAAUGUUACUCCUAUCAUUUUAGUAGAAGACAGAUGUAGGUGGACUACGGUGAAAACAACAUUAUUAUUGGAAGGUUAUGGGAAGAAAUCAAAGUUAAAAAAAAUAUGCAUGAAAAAUUUGGAAAUAAUGAAUAAACAUCGGUUUGGACUUUAUAAUUCUUGCAAUGGGUUUCUUCUCCACAUGAAGUUAGAUAAAGAAUACAUUACUCCAAAGUAUCUGAUUUACAAUCCACUUACAAAAGAAAAUUUUUACUUCUGCGAAGAAAGAUGUAGGAUUUGGGGAUUCUUCUUUCAUCAAUUGGAAAGAGACUACAAGCUUCUAGUUUAUCGUUUCGACAAAAUUAAUCAAACAUGUCAUUAUUAUAUGUAUGGUUUUAAUACAAAGGAUAAGAGAAAGUUAGGAUCUUUUCCUUAUUAUCCUUUGUUGUUUAAUAAUCAUGCUGUUCUAGUGUGUGGAGCUCUGUUUUGGUUGGUUGCGGGCCUUAAAACAAAGGAAUGUUCCAAAUCUAUAAUGAUGUUUGAUUUGAAGUCGGAAAAUAUUCAUGUCAUGCCUCAUCUAGGACCUACUUGUACACAUAGCUUUUAUCUCGAAAACUGGAAGCUACAUUACCAAAUGGUACUUUUGGAGAUAGAUGGGAGAUUAUCUUUGUCCAAUGUAUGUAAGGAGACUGUUGAAGUAUGGAUUCUGGAAGACCUUGCUAAUUGGAUGUGGGUAAAAAAGUAUGUAGUAAACCUUGAUAUACCUUUUGACCAUGAUGCAUGUCGUCAUUCCCAUCCGGUUGUGCUCUUCCAAAGUGGAAACCUUUUGUUAAAUUGGCCUGCUAGAGGGCCGUUCUGGUGUAACCUAAGCUUGAACUAUCUUUGUAAAAUUAAAUUAGAUCUUAAUAAAGUGGACAGUGAUUUUGUUUUUUAUGCUACCAAAUACACCAGCAACUUUGGCUCCCUGAGAGGCUCCAACAUAUUUUACGAUUCCUUUAAAAGUUGUGACAUAUUUCCUAGUUGCUCUACUAGUCUGUGACAUUGUCUCCCCCGCUUCUCUAGCCCUUUUAAAAGCUUUACUGUUUCCAGUGCUAGUUUUCUGAGUGUGUGCCUUAUGAACAUUACUUAUGAACACUACUCUUCAAGUGCUGCUUUGUACCUUUUAAAAAAAAAAUAUUUUCUUCUGCUCUUUCCUCCUCACCACAUCUCCUCUCUUUUUCUUUCUUUCAUCCUCCGCAAUCUUGAUCUCAAUCUUAAUCUAUACACCCUAGGUUUUUCUUUUUUCCUCUUAGAUCCCAUCUUAAUCUACAUUUUCCCUCACCCCCUUUUAUCUCAAUCCAAAAACCAUCCGUUUUCAGGUAUCCUAAUCAAUCUCAAUCCACAUACCAUAGGUUUUCAGAUUUCGUAAAUCUCAUUUUUUAUUAUCGGAGAAAUGGUUACUAAGUUGAACGGGCAAAAUUGGAUGGCGCAAAGUUGAAGAAAUUAGACUUUCAAGUGCUGCACGGGGGAUGAGGUGUUUGCGAGUAUCAUCUUCGUCAACUUUUCCUUGAUUUUGAAGCUUGAAUGUUGAGUGUGGGUUUAAAUACACAACUCCCAUCUAUCACUCUUCUGAAGUUUAGGCAGGCGACAUCAGGCGUAUCAAUUUGUAUUUGGUACUUCACUGCUGCGAAUCAAGUUAGAAAAUGUCUGAAUCGACACUUGAAUCAUCUCCGUUAUUUGCAUGUUCCUUGGCCAAAUUAUAUCACCAGAUAAAGGUAUCAAAUUGAAGACUGUGGUCUGUGGUUGGCCAGUGGGGAAUUUAGCUUAUGACUGUACUCUUAAUAUUUUGACUGGCCGGACUCACCAGCCGCUAUUGUUCAACUCAAUUUCAACUUGUUACAAAGGCACCGGUCGCGCGGAAUGAGUAAUAGACGAACAUCCGCGACUUUUGAGGCCGUAUACAAGGGGGAUAAGGGAGUAGGCGAUAAUAUGGACUCACUGAUUGAUGCUGGACUUGAAUCUCCUAGUGGAAUUGGUGUAGAUCAAUCUCCGAAUGGAAGAUAUUUGAAGACCGCACCACGUGCUACAGAGUUGCUUGAUGUGCGUAGAGAUCAAAAGCUCGAAAUGGUCAAGGAAUUUGAGUGAGAGAAUUUGAGAGGUUAUGGAUAUCAGAACAAGACAAUGCUUGCUUAACGCUCUUCCUGGAAAGGCUGGGAAAAGAAUGGACACCCUUACGGUGGCAGAAAAGACAGUGUAAUUAAACAUGUUGGAGCAGGGGAUUAUUAACCAUCCCAUUGUAAGUUUUGGAGAAUCUGGGCAGAAGUCCAAUGAAGUGGGGAUUCUUCUAGCUAAAAUCGAGGAAUUUGAGGUGUGUAUUCUUUGACUUUGGCUGAAAUAAGCAAGCUAGAAGGAAUAAUUUUCUGGAGAAUGCUGCAUACUUCUCUACACUCUGAUCUGAACUGCUGCUGCUGUUUACUGCUUUGCUUACUGCUGCUGCUGCAUACUGCUCUGCACUCUGAUUUGAACUGCUGCUGCUGUGUUGCAUCACUUAUGCGUCACCAACAUGGCUUAAUGUCUGAUUGAUAACCAUAUCAUUUACCAGAUUUUUGAAGAUCUCUUUAUUCAAGAACUCUUCUGGAUUAACGUCUGAUUGAUAACCAUAUCAUUUACCAGCUUAUAUGCUUGCUUGUGAUGAUGAGAUCCAUGUUCUUUUGCAUCCGUGGAUGAUGUGGAAGGCUGUUUAGCAGCCAAACUACUGAAUCUUGUAAACGAUACAUAUUUCAUUAGCUCUGUAAAUUGCAAUAUGAGUAGUGUUUUACAGUUUUUAAGUAUACAACAAGGGUGUUAAUUUUGUAUCCACAUUAGGUGGUGGACAUAAAAUACUUUUUGUUCCGGAAAUCAGGAAGAGUUUCAGGGAGGGGAUAUUCGUACCCGCUACA